UAAAAGACGUAGAGGACGGACAAAAAUGUUAAAAGUUCAUGGUAGGAGUAGUAACGAAAAGCUAGUCGUUACAUUCAAUAAAUGCGGUCAACCAAUUGGAGACAAGAAGAUUAGAUAUGAGCUAAGCAAUUUUAUGGGGACACUAGUUAAAGAUCAUGUGUCGCUUACUCAUGUUAACUGGCAUCUUGUUCCGCAAGAAUUAAAGAACAAAAUGUUGCAAUAUAUUCUGGAUAGGUAUGAUAUUCCGGAACACGGGCAAAAAUGGAUAAAUAAGACACUUAAUUCUUCUUGGAGAGUGCACAAGUCCCGUGUCAAGAAGGAUCAUUAUACAAAAUAUGACACUGACGAAAAAAGGAUUGAAAAUAGGCCACCUGAAAUUCCACUGGAUGAUUUUAAGAUAUUGUUGAAGUAUUGGGCAGAUGAAGGAGUUCAGUCACUUGCAGAGGAUAAUACAGCACGUCGUCAUUCUUAUGUUGACCCCCACACACUUGGUCGUAAAACUCUUGCUGAACUUAAAGAUGAACUGAAAAGUAAAGACCCCAAUCUUGCCUCUCCCUCACAAGCUAAAAUCUAUGUGAAAAGUCGUAAGCACAAAAAGGGGCACAAGUACAAGUCAAAUAGGAAAGCAAUCAACAAAAGAAUUGAUUCCAUUGACGAGAUGCUGAAAGAAGGAAAUGAUGCAGAUGUGAUGCUUCCCGGAGGCAAACAUGGGGCAGAUUGGUUGGUAGGAAGGAAGGGCACAGCAGUUGCCUUGGAAAAAAUUCACGCUAUUCCAGAACCUUAUGUUGAUGAGUUGACUGCAAAGAUAACUCAAAAUCUGGAGAAUGAAAUGGAAGCCAAGGUAAACAGAAAAGUCCAGGAGAACAUGGCUUGGUUGCUAAAAAAACUAGGAGAGGCAAAUCCUAGUAUGAAAUUUGAUAUUGGAGACUUUUGUGCGACCUUCUCAAGUGAUCAAGACGAGAAUGGCACACCUAUCACUCCCGCCACUCAAACUCCUGGCACACAAGGCGGCACUUCUUAAAUAUGUUAUCGGAUUUGCCUUUAUCAAACUUAGUUACUUUUAUGCUCUUGUACCUUGGUAGACAGUACUUUGAACUGUUAUUUAGUACUUAUGUCGUAAUUUGGAUAUGCAGUAUUUUGGAGAAGUUGGUGUAGGAAAUGAGACUAUUUGGAGUAGUUGGUUUUGGAGUACUUUUGUCAUGUACUGGAAUUGGUUUGGUUUAGAGAUGA